UUAUGGGAGCCGCGGCGGGCCAAAACCAGGGAGCCGACGGCGGCCGGGAAUAGGAGAGCCGCCACGGGAAGCCGCAGGCCUCAAGCUCGCCAGCCUGCCUCAACGUCUGCGGCAGCCGGCCGAUUUUGCGGGAGUCGCGGCCGGCCGAGAACAGGGAGCCGGCGGUGGCCAAGCCGCCACGAGAAGCCGCCGCUCCAUAUGCUUGUCCUUGCCCUCACCUUUCCUGCGUCUCUACGGUGUUGUUAGGCUUGUUGUUAACCAUCUAAGCUGAUUGCAGCUCGUCCUAACCGCGUCCUUGUUCUUCCGAACCAAACAAAAGCUGAAAACUGGACCAUCCAAGAUUCCUAUCCUCGAAGUGUGGAUGAUCCCAUCCCAUCCCUACCAAGCCAUCAACCAAACACAUAGUAAAGUAACCAUGCAUUUUUUCCCCUCUCACUCUAGCUGGCUGGCCGGCUCCUUUCUUCGUCUCCCCACAAAGCAUAAAGCAGCAGCCGGGCGAGCCGGCCACUUUAGAUGUGAGCCAUCAUCCAUCCCUCCCAUUGAUAUCCCAGCACCAUCAUAUCACAGCUCCUCCUCAAGUCACACUCACAUCUGAUCUCCAUCUUUCUGUCACAAAAUCCAAGCUAGGAAAUUAGGAUCUCAGACGGACGAAUCCGAGCUAGGAAAUCAGCUUCUUCCCUCCCUGGCAAUGGUGGAACCAGGCAGAUCAGCAGCCAAGAAAACCACCACCUUUACCAGCACCACGAGGAAGAAGAAGCAAACUGCAACAGCAGCCGCCACCAAGCCGGACAAUGAGAAACUAGCAGACAGCAAGAAGCAGAGCAGCCAUGGCAGCGCAGCAGAGCCUGCUGCUGCGGAGAGCCCUUCCUACAGGCUAGCUCUGAGGAGCCUCUUCUCCUGCAGAAACAGCAACGCCGCGCAUCACCACCGCGGCACCGCCCCACCGCCAGCCGAGGACGCCACCAGCGCUGCCAGAAAUUACAAGAAGAACAACAGGCAGCCGCUCGGAUGCAGCUCCGCCUCCAUCUGCAAGCUCCGGGAUGCCAGCCCCAGGCGGGUCAUGCUGCACCGGCCGGAGCCCGCGCCGGCAGCCGAGCCGUGCAAGCGGCGAGCGUCGGUGAGCGGCGGCGGCGGGAGCGAGAGGCGCGUGAAGAAGCCGUUGCAGCAGCAGCAGCAGCAGCAACAGCAGAGCGAGGCGACGGGCGUUGGCUCCUCCUCGAGGCACUGGGGGUCGACGACGUCGUCGUCCUCGUCCACGACGGGCGGGGGCGGGUCCUCGUUCAGGCUGCGGAGGCUGUCGGGGUGCUACGAGUGCCACAUGGUGGUGGACCCCGUCAGCGGCAGCGGCUCCAUGAGGGCUGCCAUCUUUCCCUGCCCCGACUGCGGCGACGUCUUCGUCAGGGCCGAGAGCCUCAACCUCCACCAGUCCACAAGGCACGCAGUGUCGGAGCUUGGUGGGGAUGACACGAGCCGGAACAUCAUCGAGAUCAUCUUCCAGUCGAGCUGGCUGAAGAAGCAGACCCCCGUGUGCGCCGUCGACCGCAUCCUCAAGGUGCACAACGCCCCCGCCGUCCUCGCCCGCUUCGAGGCCUACCGCGACGCCGUCAAGGCCAAGGCCCUCGCGCUCACCGGCGCCGGCGCGCGGUGCACCGCCGACGGCAACGAGCUGCUCCGCUUCCACUGCGCGCCGCUCGCGUGCUCCCUCGGCGCCAACGGGGCCACCCACCUCUGCGACGCCGCCGCUUGCGUCGCGUGCGGCAUCGUCCGGGACGGCUUCGCCAAGGGGGGCGGGGUGCGGACCAUGGCCACCAGCGGCCGGGCGCACGACGCUGUUGAGGGUGGCGGGGAGCGCAGGGCGAUGCUGGUGUGCCGUGUCAUCGCCGGGCGGGUGAAGCGUGUGGCGCCGUCGCCCUGCCAGGUGACGGAGGAGACGGUGAACACGGCGGUGGAGGAGACGGAGGAUACGUCGGAGGAGUACGACUCGGUGGCGGGGACGGCGGGGGUGUACUCUAGCCUGGACGAGCUGGAGGUGUUCAACCCUAGAGCCAUACUCCCAUGCUUCGUCGUAGUGUACAAGGCGUGAUCACCUCAGCUCAUUAGUUCGUAGCAAGCUUCUUCAGGAGGUUUUUUCUGGUCUUAGUUCAUGUGUUCCUGUCUCACUGAUGAUGUUACAUAUCUAUCUAAUUAAUUGUAGGCUGAAGUAGAAGUAUCCCCGAAUUACCCAUCGAAUGGAGUAGUAGUGGAUGCUUUCCUUGGCAUAAUUAAUAAUUGAUUAUUAACAUUUGAUUUCU